AUGCCUCAGUUACUGCGAAACAUUACGGGGAUCAUCAACACCUUCCAAAGCUAUGCCAGGACUGAGGGCAACUGCUUGGUGCUCACCCAGGGGGAGCUGAAACGGCUCCUGGAGCAAGAAUUUGCUGACGUCAUUGUGAAACCCCACGACCCGGCCACUGUGGAUGAAGUCCUGCGCCUGCUGGAUGAAGACCACACGGGGACUGUAGAAUUCAAGGAAUUCUUGGUCUUGGUGUUUAAAGUCGCACAGGCCUGUUUCAAGACAUUGAGUGAGAGUCCUGAGGGAGCGUGUGGACUCUCCCCUGGGGCUUCACCAGAGCUGGGAGAAGGAGAAAGAAGUGUCACGGAAGUGGGAAGCAUUGGGGAAGGACAGCGUCACGAGGGGAGCAGUGGUGGACAGAGCAGGCAGGCUGCCAGAGGGCAGGGUGGGACUGGGACUCAGGCCCAGGGUCAGGCCAUCAGCUCUUCUCAAGUCAGUCACCGUGACAGGCAGGAUGAGUCCCAGAGACAGGACAGAGAGAGCCAGCAAACACAAGCGAGGGGGCAUGUGGAGUCAACCCAGAGCAAAGGAGAAGACCAGAGCCACCAUACCAGAGAGAGGGUGUCAGAGAGGCAGUUACAGACUGGGGAACAGAACAGAGCCCACCAGGCAAGUGAGACUGUUACUAGAACCAUAACUCAGACCCAGACAGGUGCUCCUGGGACCAUGGAGCAGGACAGGAUCCAACCAACAGGAAACACCAGCACUCAGCCUCAGGAGCCCACCCAUGGCCGGACCAGAGGGACUGAGACCCAUAGUCAAGACAGGAGCCACACAAACCAUGCUGUUACAGGAGGACAUGUUCAGACACAGGGAGGAGGACAUGUUCAGACACAGGGAGGUGCCACCGAGACCGUGGAGCAGGACAGGAGCCGUCAGACAGACAGCACUAGACCCCAGCCACAGGAGCCCGCCCAUGGCCAGACCAGAGAGACUGAGACCCACAGUCAAGACAGGAGCCACACAAGCCAUGCUGUUACAGGAGGACAUGUUCAGACACAGGGAGGUGCCACCGAGACCGUGGAGCAGGACAGGAGCCGUCAGACAGAAAGCACUAGACACCAGCCACAGGAGCCCGCCCAUGGUCAGACCAGAGGGACUGAGACCCACAGUCAAGACAGGAGCCACACAAGCCAUGCUGUUACAGGAGGACAUGUUCAGACACAGGGAGGUGCCACCGAGACUGUGGAGCAGGACAGGAGCCGUCAGACAGAAAGCACUAGACCCCAGCCACAGGAGCCCGCCCAUGGCCAGACCAGAGGGACUGAGACCCACAGUCAAGACAGGAGCCACACAAGCCAUGCUGUUUCAGGAGGACAUGUUCAGACACAGGGAGGGUCACAUAUCCAGAAUCAGGAUAGGAGCCAGGCUCCAAGCCACAUAGGGGCUAGAGAACAAGGACAGACCCAGAGGCAGCCAAGCAGUGGUCAAAGAUGCACACAAGUGGGCAGCUAUGAAGCAGAGAAGACAGCAUGGGGAGGACAGACCCAUACUGGGACAAGCAGUCUGACAGGCAGAUGGGACUGCAGCAGCACUCACCCAAGGGGCAGUGCGACAGGAGGGCAGGGAGAGAGAGAGCCCUCAGUGGUGAAGCGGGAGGAGCGGGCUGAUGACCACACAAGGGAGACAGUGAUCCGAAGGCAGGCCCAAGGCAGCCUGUACACGGGCGAGCCUUCAGUGAAGGGCCCGGAGGCAGCCCAGCUGGAGGGGAAGCGAGGUUUCACAGCCAGGGAGCUGUAUUCCUACUUCAAAGACAGCAAGCUAUGA